ACCGUCAGCGCCCAGGCCGCGCGGGCAGAUAAAAAAAUUGUUUUGCGGGAGGCACUGUUCACAUUGCCAGUCAGUGAAGUGCCUUCAAUUAAAAAAAACGACAAAAGCCAGGAGAAGAUGGAGGAAGCAGAAGAGGAUGACAUGACAUGUGGAGACUUGGGGAAUGGACUUGGGAGAAGACCUGGAGGUGUUUAUGAAGGAGAGAAUUUACAAAACUCCUAUCCAUUUAGAUCUAGGAAGGGAUCUGGAAAGGUUAGCAAUUCUCUCUUGUUAGAAAGGAGAGUGGAAGAAAGUGAUGUUGCACCUCUUCCUGGUUCAAAAAGAAACAGUUUUUACAAUGGAUCAUCCAAAAAGCCUGUUACAAUUUCCAUGCGACAAAACAGCUGUGAAUCUAAUACUGAAAUGUCAAAUGAAGAAAUAAAGCAACAACUUCGGGAAGCUCUAGAGGAAGCUGAAAUUCUGAAAGUUGAGCUUGAAGCAUCUCAAAGACAGCUUGAAGGAAAAGAUGAAGCCCUAAGAAUACUGCAGAGCAUGGCAGUAUUUAAUAAAGCCACUAGUCAUACAAAAGCAAUGCUUCAAAAAACUGAGGAAGAAAAGAGAACUUUAGAAAAGGAAAUAAAUAUUUUGCAAUGGGAAAUUGAAUUUGAUCAGGAUAGAUUUAAAAACAUAGAAGACACAUGGACAGAAAAAUAUGACAGGUUCUUCUGGGAUUUUUGUGUUUUCCUAAUUUUCUUUCAGAUUUGGAUAUAUUGUGAAAAUGCAGCUCUCAAGGAAGCACUGAAACUGAGAACAGAAGAACUUAAAACUCUUAAAGCUGAAAAUGCAAUCCUGAAUCAGCAGUGCUUGGAAUUUCUAGCAAUGCUAGAUGUGGAACAACAGAAGGUUGUUCAGGAAAACCUGUCUUUGAGUAAAAGUGACAUUACAGAUUUUACAGGUCUUGAACUUGCAGUUCUUGGAGCAUGCACCUGCAAUACUUCUGGAGGGCAACCUUGUCCCUGUGCUAAAAUGGCAGCUGUAACUCGAAAGCAACUUCUUAAUCUCAAACAAGAGACUGAAAAUCUCAAGAAGACUAAAGAUGAGGCUUAUGUAAUGGCAGAUGCCUUCAGAAUUGCAUUUGAGCAGCAGCUAAUGCAGAGGAAGGACCAAGCCCUGAGGCUGGCAGAAGUGAUAAAGAUUAAGAAGGAAAAGAAAUUCAUGAACUGGAGACGACUGAAAGAUGAUGGUAACUGUAAAUACGGACAUGUCAAGUUGCAAGGGAACAAGAACAGUUUGGGGCAAAAAUUAUCACGCCUGCUGUCAUCAGAAGUGGACUGUAGAAAAGUUGAAGAGCUGGACAAUCCUCAUGAAAUCUUGAAGACGUUAAUAGAUUUGGUAAAUGACAAAGAGGAGGCUCUGGCUCAUCAGAGAAAGGUUAGUUACAUGCUAGCUCGUGCAAUGGAGAUGAAAGAGGAUGUUUUGGAAGAGGAUAGAGGAAAUGGCACACUGGGGAGUCACCAGAACAAAGCCCAGGGACCUUCCGGCCCCAUACACGCCUGCUGCCAAGAACUCCAUUCUCAAAACAGUGUUUCUUCAGUUGCCACUGCAAAAACAUAUCCGGUAAAAAUGCUUCAAAAAUCACACUCCUGGCCAUCUGAGUCUAUGCCCCGUGAAGAACGUAAUCCACGUGGCAGAGCAGAUGAAACUGUAGUGAUCUCUAUAUAGCCAUCUGCUGGAAUAAAUUUAUUUUUUAAAAUGAAA